AUGACGAAUAGACCCUCUAAAAGCAACACAAAAAACAGUACUCGUGGAAAGCAGAACAACGAUGAGACUUCGAAACAUCCUAAAAAGUCGAAGCAUCCUAGAAAGGUUAGAGAAGUUAAACAGGAGCAAGAACAGUCUUCUGCAAUGUCAAUCAAAGCAGUGAAGAAGGGCAAGAAGGUAUCGAACGCACAGCAGUCUGUUGACGGUCUUGGAGGUGGAGUAACUAAACCGGUCCAUGCAAAAAAGGAGAAGAACUUGACGAUAAGUGACGAUGAAGCACCGACUGCUGGAACUGCAACAUCCACUCUCAGCACAGUUUCCACUGCUGGAUCUUCAGAUGUUCCACCCCAAACUCCGCCGAGGAAAGAACUCGGAUCAAUUCGAAAAACGAAGGGUAAUCAUGGAAAUGAUCAUAUUCCCUCAUCUAUCAAACAUCAUGCUACCACACCUACCACUCAAGAUAAAUGGGUUGGAGAGGCUGCGGCCAGAAGUUGGAUUGAGAAAGCUGACUUCGAAAAGGCUAAAGCUGACUAUGCGAAGAUACAGUCAAUAGGUGUGAACGUCGAAAAAGAAUGCAAAAUCUGGAAAUCGAAUUCGAAAUGGAAUCAGUCUGAAGAGUAUCCAACUUUGGAUUCGAAUUUGGUGAAAGUGGACAAUGAAUAUGUCAACAUGGCUCAAUUAGACACUCCUUUUGGAAAAAAUGUUUUUUUGGGACAGUUUCCAGUUAAGAAUUCCGAAGAAGCAUUCUGGAAAGCUGUAUUCGAUAAACGAGCCACCAAUAUUCACAUCAUCGUUGGGAAUGAAUCUUUCGACUUCUUUCCACAAAAAGCUGAAGACUACAGAAACUACGGUAACAUGUGGAUCAACAAUCGUAAGGUUACUCAAAUCCAUGGAAAUGACGAUGUCUGUCGGUAUCACAUUGAAGUUCUGCCGCGUGAUUGCUCCAACUCGAUUGUCUGCGUUCUGGAUGUUAUCAAGAAUUGGAACUUCGAGAAUGUUCCUGUAAAGUAUGCAGUUGCCAUCAAACAGACGAUUGAGCUGACCAACUUUUUCUCCAACGCUUCAUCCGAUGAAUCUGCAUUGAUAAUGUCCCAACACGGUGCAGGACGUGCUGGAUUUCUCCUCGCUCUUACUGUAGCGGUAAACAAGUUAGACUCAAAAACUGAACCGUGCAUCGCUGAUAUCGUCAAAUCGAUUAGAGUUCAACGUCCAAAGGCGGUUGAAUCAUUGACUCAAUACGCUGGUUUGUACACUUCGUUGUUUUACUUCAUUAAAAAAAAAUUGGGAAAGUCCGAUGGAUUGGUAAAGAAGUCAGCUGAAUUGACCCAACAGUUUACAAAUGCGUUGAAUGCCGAAAUUAAUCAGCCAAGUGUCAUUGGGUCAGUAGCAUCUACUGUAACGAAUACAAACAAUGGAUCUGCAGUUAUGAGUUUGGCUAUUUCCGGGCAGAAAUAA